UCUCCUUCCUCCUCACUUUUAGUUUUUCCCUCUACUUUUCAUACCACAAUAAAAACAGCACCGCCCAAUUCCCGAGUCAAUGGACAUCAAUAUGGACAUCAAUAUGGAUGUCAAAAUGGAGGCCGCCUCAACCAAACCGCUGCCGUCAGCCGCCGCCUAUGGUCUGCCCGACGACGAGAUCAUGGCUGAGAUCCCUGUUUUUCUGACACACAAGCUGUCCAAAAACCUCCACCUGCUGCAAUACCCGCAGAGCCCUAACCAGGUCAAACCCGGGCAGCUCGUCCCCAGCGUAGCGCGGAUCAAGCCGAUCCACGGCCAAAUAGAAAUGGACAUGCCGCUGGAUGUCCAAAGCCCCAUGUACAACACCGAGCGCGGCCGCGAACUGGGCGCCGGCCUAUCGGAUAACGGCCGACUGUUGGAUAUCCAGACCUUGGUUUCAGUCGACAUCCCUAAGAGCAGCAACUACUUGGCUGCCGUGGUUCACAGUGGUGAGCUGCAUUUGACACCUAUGGAGAAGGUAACGCAGCUGAGGCCUAGCUUGAAGUACCUGGAUAAGGUUGCGGAGAAAAUAAAGGCUGCGAGUAAAUUGGAUGAUGACGAGGAUGAUGAAGAGAAGGAGGCCAAGGCGCAGACUGUACAGGUUACUGUGAGGACUGCAGAGGCUGAGGAGGCCUUGCGCCAGCAGCAGAAUUCCAUCGCAUUUAUGCAGCAGAGACUUGAGGAGGAGCCGUGGUCGAAGCUGUCGUAUUUUGAUGUUGGAACAGAGGAGUCGACUUCGGUGAGCCAGAGGCUGGUCGCUAGCAACCGCGAGGAUCUGCUGUGCAAAUCCACCCCCGACGAGUACCUGACCGCCAUUAUUGGCAACAUGAAUCCCAACGUGUAAUAAAUGAAAAAUAUAUUUUUUUAAACCGUAAAAUAUAAAGAUAUCCCUUGAAGAAAAGAA